AUGGCCACAGCCCCCCUCUCCAACUCGCCCUCGAGGCUCUUCGACGUGUAUACCGACAAUGCUCCGAACCGCAACCUCUCCCCUAUGCCGCGCGGCGGCUGCAACUUUGUCGACUUGACGCCCGGCACCGCUGGCUCACGCUGCGGCUGCCGACGCUUCUGGAAGCUCCAUGCCGGCGACAAUGGCCAGGCCGGCUGGUGCAUGUGCAACCAUCACGCCUGCUACCACGACGACCGCGCCGCCGACGAGGCCCUCGCGCCGCCCCCGCCCACACCCGUUGCUGGCCAGGAAAAUGAGAAGCCCAAACCGACAGGGCGCGAGCCGCUGAGCCCCGUCGUCGACUUUUCUUUCAAAGUGCCGCCUGCCAUUCCCGGCCUCGACAUGGCCAAUCUUUCCGCGGGGCCCCCACCGCUCUCCUUCCUCAACGAAUUUGCCGAUGACACGGAGAUGAUGAAUGCGCCCAGCAUGGCACCCCCGGCCGCCCCUUCGCUGCCGGACACGCUCAACUGGGGCGACUUCGUUCAUUCAGGCCACGAUCAAGGUGCUGUGCCAGCUAUACCGCCCCAGUGCCUCAUGUCGCAAAAGACGGCCUCGACGACUUCGUCGGUACAAAACAAGUACCUCCGCCCGUUCGCCGGUAGGGGCUUGCAUACACUUGGUGGUCCCAAGGAGCCGAAGCAGUCACCCCUGCGACAGACGAGCAGAUCAAAGAGCCAAAUCACCCAGGAAGCACCCCUCCAUGCGGAGCAGCCACCCGGAACCCCCAUGACUGGCGUGUCCACGAUAGCAGAACCUCGUGCCGUGGAAUGCAACGUUGCUUCCAAGGAAGGCCUGAAGAACAUGAACGAGGCCUUGUCUGGCCAUGAACAGCGACUGGACAAGCUCGAGACGGGCUCUUUUGCUGCCGCCGCGGCCCACGACGACUGCGUCGACAAGCACGAGCAUCUAGACUUGCGCAUUACAGAUCUUGAGGGGAAAGUGGAGGAGCUCGAGAAAGUCGCCAAUGACAACGACACUAUUGCCAGCCGUCGAGAGCGCCAUGAUGACGAUGAAGCCACGGCCAGCAUCAUCUCCGUUACUACCAGUACUACGACCCGCCCUGCGAAUGCGCGCGAGCUCGCCAAUCAACUGCAGGCCCUUCAAUCACAAGUCUCCCAACUCCAGGCAUUCUUACCCUCCAUCAACCAUCCGUGGGAGGUGGAAGUUGUCUUUUUGCCCUUUCCUCUCAAAAAAGUAUGGCAAGACCUUCACCAAUUCAAACGAGACCCCACUCUCAGCAACGACGACUGGACCCAAGUGCCACAGACCAACAGCGCCUCUAUGCUCCGGUCUCAGUCGCCCGUGUUUGGCGACUGGGCCACGCCAGACCAUGACGCCGAGUGGCUUCUGCCCAAAGCCUGUGGCGACAAGAGCGUCACUGAUAAGCGUCUCCGCAGCCGGGGCCUCGUCAAGACCAUUUCCGUCCAUGGCCCCGACGCCCGCAGCGUGCACGUGGCCGUCGUCGAGGCCUUUGGCAGCGUCUUCAACGAGAUGCAGAUGCUGCCGCGGCGCCAGGACACGGACCCGCGAUACGCCGGGUACCUGGGCCUACAGUCGGCGUGGCUCCCGUUGCGCAAGAUUCACCGCGACUCGCGCCUGCGCUUCCUCAGCCCUGCCGAGAUGGUGACGCCCGCGCUGUGGGACGUCCAGUUCCUCAGCUCCGUCAUGAUGCGGUCGUCUGAACCUAGAUUGUUCAUUACCCACCCGGACGCCUACCUCCAGGACUUUGCCGCCUACGAAGCCGGCUGGACAUGGCAGCGCGUCCGUGAGCUCACGCGCGUGUACCCGGACUUUGACGAGUCCCAGCAGGUGCCCGAGGCCGACGCCCUCGAGGAGCACUGGUCCUGGAGCGAGACCAUGGACGAGCCCCCCAACGUCCACACCUCGAUGAGCUUACGACAGUCGAGGCCGCGCGCCACCGUCUCGCCCUCGCAUGCUCGCUUCCCACUUAUCGAGCGCUGGCGAUCACAGAGUCCAGCCAUUGUCCGCGAACACUCGCCGCUAGCCAAUAACAAUAGCCGUUCCUCUGCCCACCGUUCGUCGUCUCGCCAACCGCACGGCCGCACAGCCUCCGUCCCUGUAAAUGCCGCCCGCCAUCCGUCGGUCGACAACCAGCGCCGCGUCUCCGCCAGCAGCCGACGAGCAUCUCCCGCCAUGCGUGUCAGCGUCGGCGGUGGUGGCGGUAUCAUGAAGAAUGGCCGCGGCACCCGCUCCCCAAGCCACCCUUUGUACACACCGCGCUGGACACACUCGCCCAGCCCCAUGCCAUGGGGUGGCCCUCAGGACCGCCAGCCUGCGCGCGGCAUGACACCGUUUGCCUAUGCCACGCCCUACAGCAACGCCCCGGCGCCACCACCCCAGCACCAGGAAAAUGGAUAUCGUGCGCGCAGCGGCAGCGUGGUCCGGUUUGAAGUGCACCAGCCGUACUAUCAACAACAGCGCCACCGCAGCAGCAGCAGCCGUCUCACCGCCGUCCCUCAGCCGCCGCCGACGACGAUGCUGAUUGACGAUGAUGAUAAUGUCAAAAUGUACAACAGCGAGUCGGACGACGACUACGAAGAGGAUGACGACGAGGACGGUGACGACACGGACAACGUGGUGGACAUGGUGACGGAUGCCCAGCCGCAUCCGCUGCAGCUCGUCGCAGGGUCCAUCUGGCCCGGCAUGCCGGAGGACGAGCCCUGGCCGGGCAUCGAAGACGGCGCGCCGGGGCUACGCUCUGGCGACGCGGAGAAUAUAGACCCGAACGUGAGUCUGGGCGGUGCGAGCCAGCAGAGCAGCCAGCCGAGCGAGUACCCAAGCACGCAGAUUAUCAAAAGGGAUGAAGAUGAGGAUGAGGAAGAUUUUCUGAUUCAUGAGGAUUAG